AUGCCUCUUUUAGACGACUCUGCACCCUUGUUGGGCAGCUCUAGACAAUCCAAGUUAAGUUCGUUCAAGACCGAUGUGUUUGACACUUUCAAUAUCACCAUUCGUUCGUCUCAGGUCAAUUAUUUGUUGGUUUUUGUUCCAUUGGGAAUAAUUGCUGGAAUUUUUGAAUGGUCUUCCAAUGCCAUCUUUUGGAUUAACUUCUGUGCUAUUGUCCCCUUGGCCUCCUUGUUAGCCUUUGCUACUGAGGAACUCGCUGAGCACGUUGGUGAAACGUUAGGAGGAUUGUUAAAUGCCACCUUCGGUAAUGCAGUUGAAUUGAUUGUUUCAAUAAUUGCGUUGAAGGAAAAUCAAGUUAGAAUUGUCCAAGCAUCGAUGCUAGGAUCCAUUUUGUCCAACUUGUUGUUGGUCUUGGGUAUGUGCUUUGUUGCCGGUGGUAUCACCAGGGUGCAACAGACUUUCAACCAAACUGUAGCUCAAACUAUGUCUUCGCUUAUGGCAUUGGCUACCGCAGGGUUAUUGAUUCCAGCUGCCUUCCACGCAUCCUUACCUACACCAAAGGAAAAGCAUGGAUUCCCAGAGCCUGGUUCCUCUGACGACUUGAUUUUGUCCUUGUCUCGUGGUGUUUCUAUUAUUUUGUUAACCAUCUACAUUUUGUACUUGGUGUUCCAAUUGAAGACCCACAAGGCCUUAUUUGAAGAACAAUCUUCCCAUGACACCGACGAUGUAAUGAUUACUUCUGCUCUUCCAGGAAGCGGAGGCUCUGCAUCAAAUGUCCUCGAGGAAGGCAUCUUGGGUAAAGCUGAAGAAAAGCACUUGACUGUUGCUGGUUCACUUUCAGUCUUAGUAGGUGCUACCAUUAUAGUUUCGAUUUGUGCCGACUAUUUAGUCGGAUCUAUUGAUAACAUUGUUGAAAGUUCAGGUUUAUCUAAGACAUUCAUUGGGUUGAUUAUCAUCCCUAUUGUUGGUAACGCUGCUGAACAUGUGACUGCCAUUGUUGUAGCAAUGAAGGAUAAGAUGGACUUAGCCAUCGGUGUAGCUGUAGGCUCAUCUUUACAAAUUGCUGUUUUCGUCACUCCAUUCAUGGUUAUCAUUGGUUGGAUAAUUGACGUGCCAAUGAGUUUAUACUUCUCUACCUUUGAGACUGCAAUUUUGUUUAUUUCAGUUUUCAUAAGUAAUUUGGUGAUACUAGAUGGUGAGAGUAAUUGGUUAGAAGGUGCCAUGCUUUUGGGUACUUAUUUAAUAGUUGCCUUAGCAUUCUUUUACUACCCAGACAAUGUCGCUAAUUAG